AUGAAGUUGCUGCAAUCAUCGUUCGCUCGCCAUAUGCUGUACCUGGAGGAGCACAGAGCUGUUGGCGAGGGCGUGCAAGCAGCUCAACAAUUGGCCGAAAAGCACGAACAGUACACUGAAACAGCACUGGAAGAUGUGAAAGCUGCCAAAGCUCUCAAGGAAACUGGUGAAGAACUGAUCUCAGCGAAUGACGUAGGAAUCUCCGGAAGUUUAUUGCCAAAAUGUGAUGAAUUGGAGCGAAUGGCUGAAGCGCUCAAUGGAGCCCUCCAGAGACGGGCUACCGUGCUUCGAAUGAGCAUCGCAAUGCAUACUCAAAUUUCUCAGGCCAAUUCUUGGUGCAAGAAAGGAGUCGACAUGCUUUCAUCGAUACUCCAAGACGUGACCCCAGCAUCGGCCAGCACAAGUCUAGCGAAAAUGGACGAGUUUCUGGAAGAAGGAUCGCGUCUCCAGUUGGAUGCGAUAAGCCAAUCACCAUCAAUGAACAGCCUCAUACUCCUUACCACCACAGAGACUUCUACCUUAUUGGCUCAGGUGGCCGAACGUAUCGAUGAUAUACGACGAAUGGGAGUGGCAAGACGUGAUGCUCUAACGAAGAUGAUCGAAAGAAAACCCGUACAAGUCGUUACUCCUGAAAAAACUCGUACACCUGUUGAAGAGGUAGGUGUAUUGAGAAAACUGGUGUCAGCAGCCGAGGCUGCAAGUCAGCCCAGCCAAUAG